AGAGCGAGAGAAAGGGGGAGGAGAGGGCAGUACCAUUGCUGCAUCAGUGCCACAGCAGAAUGGAGCAGUAAAGGGCUAUCGUUUCCUCCUUAUUAUUUUACUCUAAACACUCACUGGUUCAAAAGAGGUUUGGAAUCAGAGACUGGAGCUCCUUGCACCGCUGGAUGCUCUACGAUACUCCUCCUAUCCUCCUGCUCUCUGUGGAUGCUGUGGUAUUCUGGAUUUCUAUUUCUUUGCCUCUCUCCUGCAAAGCACUUCUGCUGCUGCUACUUCUAGACAUUUACGGCACUGUUUUGGUUGGAAUGUGUUUCUGGCUUCUGAUGACUGUUUUUGUCCGUUAAAUCUCUCUCUACACUGGUUAUAAUUUCGCCGAGGAAUUAUAGAUCCAGACCUUUAGAUGACCUCCGGGACUCCUUGAACUCCACCUGCGGGUAUUGUAUAGGGCAUGCACAGAAGUUGACAUCCAGAGAUUGUGUUUGUAUGCACCUCUGCAGCUCAGUGGGAAGGAGACAGGACUAGAGGUGGAACCGAAACUAGUGGGUAGACAGACUACUGCAGCCAUGUGUACUGUACACACCAGAGCCUGCAUGUGCUAGGUUAGCCCACCAGAAGGCUGGCUGUUACUGGCACACGACUCAAUUACGUACACACACCCAGAGACACACACUCAUACACAGCAACAUUCUCUGCUGUUCUCAGUGCGCAACAGAGCACAACGUUUGCUACUGUAAGACUGCAUUGCACUCUGAGGCCAGAAAAGUGAAAAAAGAGACUAGAAGAAGAGGAGCAGCAGAGAAGAGGAGGGGAAGAAACAACCAUUGAGUAGCGGCUUAACUCCAGGGGGAACUAAAGUGCAAGGGAGAGGAGCACGGAUUGAUGAACUGACCGUGAGAAACUGACCAUCUGGUUAAAGAGAGAGAAACUCUCCAUCUGGUUGAAGAGAGAGAAACUGACCAUCUGGUUGAAGAGAGAGAAACUGACCAUCUGGUUAAAGAGAGAGAAACUGACCAUCUGGUUAAAGAGAGAGAAACUGACCGUCUGGUAAAAGAGAGAGAAACUGGCCAUCUGGUUAAAGAGAGAUAAACUGACCAUCUGGUUAAAGAGAGAGAAACUGACCGUCUGGUAAAAGAGAGAGAAACUGACCAUCUGGUUAAAGAGAGAUAAACUGACCAUCUGGUUAAAGAGAGAGAAACUGACAAUCUGGUUAAAGAGAGAGAAACUGACCAUCUGGUUAAAGAGAGAGAAACUGACCAUCUGGUUAAAGAGAGAGAAACUGACCGUCUGGUUAAAGAGAGAGAAACUGACCAUCUGGUUAAAGAGAGAGAAACUGACAAUCUGGUAAAAGAGAGAGAAACUGACCAUCUGGUUAAAGAGAGAGAAACUGACCAUCUGGUUAAAGAGAGAGAAACUGACCGUCUGGUUAAAGAGAGAGUAAAUGACCGUCUGGUUAAAGAAAGUGAUAAAGACCGUAAUAAGAGAUGAGAGCAGAACUGAACUGACCGGUCUGUUUCCCGCAGCUCCAACAUGAACUCUUCCUCCUCUGAUGUGAACCAAAGCAGCUCUCCUUUCUGCCUGCUGGGCCUGGGCUACUCCUACAACCUCAACACCUGCGUGCUGGAGGUGUCCGUCAUUCUCUUCCUCACCAUCCUCAUCAUCAGCGGCAACCUGGUGGUGAUCUUUGUGUUCCACUGUGCUCCACUGCUUCACCACCACACCACCAGCCACUUCAUCCAGACCAUGGCCUAUGCAGACCUCCUGGUGGGGGUGAGUUGUCUGGUACCCUCCCUGUCCCUGCUCCACUACCUCAAGGGGCUGGACGAGGAGCUCACCUGUAAGGUGUUUGUCUACCUGGUGUCUGUGCUGAAGAGUGUGUCCAUGGCGUCUCUGGCUUGUAUUAGUGUUGACCGCUACAUCGCUAUCACACGGCCGUUCUCCUAUGCUACGCUGGUCACACCAUGUCGCCUGCGCGUCUGUAUCGGCCUCAUCUGGCUCUACUCCGCCCUCAUCUUCCUGCCCUCCCUCUUCGGGUGGGGGAAGCCUGGCUACCACGGAGAUAUAUUUCGCUGGUGUGCGACCUCGUGGCAGACCGAUCCGGGCUUCAGCUCAUUCAUCGUGGCUGUGCUGUAUGCUCCAGCCACCCUCACUGUGUGUUUCACCUAUGGGAGCAUCUUCCUCAUCUGCCGUCAGCACACCCGCAAGAUCAUCCAACGCCUCACACGCUUCGGCCCCCAGGGGAACGAGAGGGGCGAGCGUGGUGAAGGGUGCCUGGAUAAGCGCUACGCCAUGGUGUUGUUCCGUAUUACCAGCGUGUUCUACGUGCUCUGGAUGCCCUACAUCGUCUACUUCCUGCUGGAGAGCGCCGGCCUCUAUUGCGACCUGGUGGCCUCCUUCCUCACCACAUGGCUAGCCAUCAGCAACAGCUUCUGCAACUGCCUCAUCUAUAGUCUCUCCAACAGCAUGUUCCGGAAGGGCCUGGGCCACCUGUUCACAUCACUUUUUUCCCCCUGUCUGGAACUGGACUGCUGCACCGAGGGGAAGAAGGGUCCUGCUCCACCCAGCCAGCGCCCAGCCCAGGCCUGCUAGGUGUGACAGUCUCCUACAGACACUGUCUGGUUGGUUAGCUACAGUAAGCUAAGGCCUCUGCUUUAGCUCCUGGUGAGUGCAGUGUAUUACUACAUUGCAUGUCACAGGGUGUCUCGCUACAAUGGUAGUGCAUAGACCCCUGAGGCCAGGCCAGAGAGGUGCCCAUGUCUAUGCCCUUCAUUUCAGAGGGGUGGUUUACAGAGGGGUGGGGUUUUCUCCAGUCUUUUUCUGCAGUGUUCUCCCAAGCGUGGGCCGUCUGUUUCUGGCUGUGUGGAUCACCACUGUGCAUGGAGGAGAAGGUGUAAGGUAGUUUAGAUGAACAUCAGAAUGGAUCUGAGGAAAAAAGUAGCAACUCCAGUCGUAUAGCUCUGGUGCCAUGUUUGGCGCCUGUGAAUCUUUAGCCUACCAAAUAUCUUCCAAAUGCAAAAAAAAAAGGACAAUAUCAGCACAACACGACUUGCAUUGUGUAAACCACUGCAGUGAAAAACGUUAUUUCAACAUUGAUGCAAAACUGUUACAUUGUGUUCUUUCAGGGUAGACAAUAGUGAAUCAAAACAAGUAUUUCGAAACGAAAGUACUAAAAAGACUGUAUUUCUUCUCUUAGAAACUGCAACAGACAGUUUCCAUUUUGUAGCAGUUAUUGAAAAAUUGAAAUAUUUGAGUGUCAAAUGAUCUGUUAAUGAUGCUGUGCAGUACAUUACAGUAUUACAUACAGAAAGGAUACCAGUUACCAGUAACAGUCACUUUCCAAGAAAAUAAUUUAGUUUGUUCAGAAGCGUAUUUUGUGUAUUUUAUCAAAAGGAUUCUUCUAGGCGGGAAUGUUGAUGUAUAAAAUUGCCAAUUUUGGCAAGAUGGCCGACUCUAAGCCCACCGGCAUUCUGGUUUAUCUUGGAGCUAUGUCUUCAUUCUGCAUUCUCAACAAGGACACAAGUAGAUUUAUUUGAGAAUUGUAUUUUCUGUCCAUGUUCCCUCAGGUUGAACGUCAGUUGUUUGUACACCCUUAAUUGCUGAUGCCUUUAGACUGGUCUUGAAAUUGCAAAUGCAUGACAUGCUCCACAUUAUAAUAUGGCAGCAAUAACAUAGUCAAGAUGUUCUUAUAGAUUGGAAUUGCAUCAUGUUAGGCAUGCUACCGAUCCAGAUGCACAACAAAAUACAAAGAGAGACACACUCAUUACCGUGUGCAUGCUGACUACUUACAGUCGAGCUAUUCUCUCCCUCUGUGCUCCUUGGCUCCUGAUAUCUGUACAGAUGAACUGAGUGGAGGAGUAGCACAUUAAUCAGAGGUCUAGACUGUCCUUCUAGAAGGCAGAAGGGUCAUGGAGACAAUGUGUUUCUAAGGGUUUCAUGUAAAGUAGGUUUAGGUGGAACUCCAGUGGGUCUCGAAGGCUUGUAUGGACAGUGGAUUUGUGAAUUGCUUAUAGGUUUCUAUGUGAACUAAGUUAGAUCUGAUAUGUAGGAUAGGAGAGCAGACUUUGGUCAGUGUAAACUUCAUUGAAACAAUACAAUAAAAGGUGCAAAGGUGAUUGUUUUGUAUGUGCGGGACUCUUCUUAUAUGAUGAACCCAUGGGUACCCAGGUGUAGACAAUCACUCCCUCACACGCACAGUAGAGCAAGCUAGGGUCAACCUACCAUGGCAAUUAAGCAAAGAGCAUUUUAAGAUGGGUCUGCAGUGCACCACUCUGUAUUCUUAUACCCAGGAAAGAUUGCAUUCCAUUCUAGGAAUUUCAAGAACCACAAGGACAGCAUGCAGGCAUAUUUUUUACUAUAGUGUGUAUGCAAAGCUUGUAUACAACAUCUGUUAUGUUUCAAAAAUGAACUGUUCUGUAUGUUUUUGGAUAUCUGUUGCAAGAAUAGUGUGUCACUGUGGAGUUAUGACAGUUGAUAUCCCAGGUUAAUAUAGGAUAAUCCUAGAUUUUUUCAAAUAAAUAAUGGGUGAGAUAAUCAACACUCAUUUUAGGAUGAUGCUAUGGAAAUGACCUUUUCCAGCUAUAGCCUACACAACAAUGUAUGAUGGUGUGUAAAUAGCAUAUUAUACAGUAUUUCCUUUAGGUCGUCUAGUUUUCAGAAACGUCACCUUUCCGGGAACGACCUUUGUAGUUCAAGAAAACAGAUUUAUUUUUGUAUGGGUCUUUAUGGCUGUGUUUACACAGCCACACUAAGAACCCAAUUCAGAUUUUUUUCCUGACUGUCCACACUCAGUUUUAUAUGUGACCCAUAUCAGAUUUGAGCAUUCUAUCUGAAGUAGCACAUAGAUUCAAUGCUCAUUUCCUGUCAGUGUUCCUUAACAUUUUUGGGUAGUCAUCUUGGUAACGGCACUUCAGAGCAAAAAAAUCUGAUCUGAGCGUCCAGACUGAGGUUGCAUAUGGAGCAUCAGAACUGUAUCAGAAUUGAGAUCCACAUAUGGAUGUGGUAUAAAUCUGAACUCAAAAGAUCAGAUUCCAAAAGAUCAGAUUUACACAGGGAAAAGGCCAUGUCAGAAAAGAGUCUGUAUUUAAUUAGAAUAUUUGGAAAGAUGUCUGUUUUUCCUCAGGGGCCAUCUGUAGGGCUUCCUUCUCCCCAUGCUGCUGUCUCUGUUUGUCUGUUUGUGCAGUGGGGGUCUGUGCAAUACAAGUCUCUGUCCUCUCCCAACUCUUCUCAAGACAGUAGAAACAUAUCAGUAGUGGUAUUACUUUUAUUUAUUUACAUUUUUUCCAGGCAGGUCCAUUUAUAACCAAUUCUUAUUUACAAUGACUGCCGGGCCUGCCACAAAAGGGCUCUUCUUGGAUAUCUAACACAAGCUUGUUGGUAAACUGCAUUAUGCGCAUGUGAUAUUUGAUAUCUAUCUGUAUCUGAUUGGAGAGUAGUUAUGCAUUAUCUGGCUCACAUGACUGUUCUAGAAUGGGAGCAUGUAGUGUGUGUUCUAUUGCGCUCAAAUGACUAGAAACGUGAGCGUUUAUUUUAUAUUGAGCUCACAUGAAUGCUCUUCAAUGGGAAAGUACAGUACUCAAUGUACUUUAGGUUACACUUCAUUUUAAGGGGUUCUUAUUACAAUGUAAUUACACUGUAGCAUGUAUUGUAGUUAACAGUAACAACCAAUAGUUACAGUGUAGUAACAAAAUGUAACUGGUAGUAAUUGCAGUAUGUAAUUACAAAGGUGUAACAAUCUAUUAUUUUUACCAUGCUUGUUUCAAAUGGGCUUAAUGGUUUGUUUCUUCUCAGCUGCAUUAGAUUCAGUAACAACUGUCACAAAGGUUGUGACCCCUCGUGGAUAUGCUGGGUGUCCGAGAGAUUAUGCUUAAUAGGCUCUAAUUACUUACCCAUGAAUGUGCACUGUUGAAAAUAUAUCUCCACUCAAUGUUAUUGCUAGCACUUGCCACCAAAAUAAAGUGUACCAUCUGGGUUAUCUUGGUCAUCCCAGAUGAGGAAAAACACACUAUUUCAAGCAUACUGUAGUACAUGGAAUGUUUGCCUAAGUACAAUGUAAUUAUUAGGUGUAAUGAAGUGUCUUUGAGUGGUACUUACUUGUAAUUAAUGUGUACUUGUAUAGUACACUACCCAUCCUGACAACCUGGCCCUCAUUUGAAAGCUUCUGGAAGUUUCACUUCAUAUCUGUACCUUAUUGUGAAAUGAAGUGAAACUUCCAGAAGCGUUGAAAUUGAGGGCAGGUUUGGGAUGGGGAGUUGUAAUGUAUUUAGAUUGGAACCGCGACCACCAUCUCAACCUUCCUAUGAAUUCUGAUAAGGAAUGAAUUAUCAUUCAUUCUGAGGAAUACAGAGAGAUAAUGGCCAAACUUCAUGAAAUAUAAAAUGUUUCCUGGUGUUGUGUUUUUAAUUAACGUGUAACUGAACAACUAGUUUAUUAUACAUACUGAACAGGAAAGAGACUUUUGCUUUGCUGCCACCAUUAGAAACUCCACAAGUGAUGUUUUAUUGCACAUUUUAACUCAAAUAUAAGGUGGAACAAUGCUGGUUUUCCAAUGUAAAAAGCAAAGCUCUUCAACAAAUGUUCUGUACCUCACGUGUUGGUGACUGUACCUGACGUGAUGAUACGUACUGUAUUUUAUGACAUUUUAUGACAUUUUAUGACAAUUACUGAUGACCAUUUUGAUUCUGAUUGUAGCCUGCAACCAACAACUAAAUGUGACUUU